AAGUUUAGGGUGGUGGUAAUUUUUUCGUUUUUUUGUUCUUUAAAUACACUGUGCUCGCUUUCCUGCGCUGACGCCUCGUUCUUCCGACCGACACAAUCUUCGGUGAGAAGUGCAACGCCCCGCUCACAAUUUAUUGCCGACGGUUCUCUUCUACAUCUACUUCUUCGCAAGAAGAAAAAAUGACGGUGCUCCCUAGCCCUACUCCCACCACGGGGACCGCGAUAGCCACCUCCGCCGGGCCGUUUUCCUCGAUGUUGGAGUUUGACGUCCACCGCGAGCUGUACCGUUCCGCCUGUUCCGUCGUGUUUUUGGCAAGGGUGAAAACUGGUAACGACGUCGUGCCGAAGGGCACGCAGGUGGUACUCAAAAAACGACCGUACACCGCAGCGGACCUGCAAAACGAGCAGCAGCCCGGCAGUGCGCCGAAGCGGAUGAACAAGGCCGGGCGGAAGAAUAUUCUCGACAAUUUCAGUUUGCUGCACGAGUACGGCCUGCUUAUGGAGUGCCGCGGGCACAAGAACGUGAUUGACUGCUACGGGUACUUCCUCGAGGACCGGCACCUGGUUCUCGUGAUUGAAUACGCGGCGAAGGGAGACCUGAACAAGGAGUUGCGGAUUCGGCAAAAGACCGCGAAAUCGUUCCGCGAGUCCGAAGUUUGGGACCUGUUUCUGCAGAUUCUGCACGGAUUGCGAUUCGUGCACGGGAAGGGCAUCGUGCACCGGGACGUGAAAACGCUGAACGUGUUUUUGACCAAAGACGGCUAUUGCAAGCUCGGAGACUUCGGGGUGUCACGCCGGAUGGAGCCGGAGUGCGACCUACUGUCUUCCUUCUACGGCACGCCGCUCUACCUCUCCCCGGAGAUCAUCUCGGGGAGCGGGUACACCAGGAAAACCGACAUUUGGAGUCUCGGGGUCGUGUUGUACGAAGUGGCCACCAAUGGGCGGAUGCCCUUCUCGGGAAAUUCUUUGCGCGACGUCACCAACGCGGUGCUCGCGGGCCGGUACAAGGCUUUGCUCAACAAAAAUUUUGGGAAGAUUGUACAUCUGUGCCUGCAAAAAGACCCCAACCGCCGCCCGAACGCCGACGAGCUGUACGCCCUUGUGAAGGAAAUGAUCACCGCCAGCAGAAAGCAAGAGCGGGGGAUGCUUAAUAGCCCGGAGGACGGCGACAUCUUCACGGGAAGUGCGGCGAGCAGCUCGUCUAGUCGGCGUGUCGUGCAGAGUGCGUCCUCCGCGGCUCCCUCGUCCUCCUCGUCUUCAACUGGUGUUGCACGCAACCGAAGUAAUGAUCGGAGGAGCGGACCGGCAUCGUCAGCAGUGAGCAGCAACAGUAGCGCUGUGGUGUCGUCGUCGAGUAGUCACGCGCACUGGAACAACAUUCGUCCAGCGGAAGAAAGGCGGCUCCGGGCUGCAUCGAUGCAGCGUCCGCCCUAUUUUCCGAGUCAUGAAGCACAAGAACGUGCCGCGGCGGAGGGUAGUGGCUCUCGCGGGCGAAGACGUCGAGGGGAUGACAAAAACAAGAGCGCGCGGCAGCGGGCUGCGUCCUGGGUCCCGACAGCAGUCGUGGAGAAUGAGCAACGAGCAUCCUCUUCCGAUAGCGAGCGACGCUUCCCACCGGGCGUGAUGACGCGCCCGCUUCGCUCCGGUGGCAAAGUCGUCGGGCGAACUGAUUUUCAUGAUCCAAAGAAGGAGCACUAUGCUGCUGCAUUGCAAAAUUCGCAGCGACGUGCUGAAACUGAAGGUGCCUCUGACGAAGCGCGUGUCGAGGAUCAUGACAAAGAUCCCGCCAGCAAGCGAAGAUCCGUAACGCCAAAAAUUGGAGCCUUGAAUUCCCCUAAUAUGGAGGCAACUAAGCCAUCUGCUUUCGGCACGUCUAGGAGAGAAGCAUCGCAGCAGGAGAAAAAUGCGAAUCUGCUUCUUGCAGAUGACGAUGACGACUCGGAUACGUGCCUGCUGCGAGACCGGCUCUACGAGCAGGUUCUCGCACGACACCACAGCCGAUCGCGACGAAAUGACCAGGGGCCGGCUCCUGAUGAAUCCGUGUCAGCAUUUCGCGGUGCACACGGCCAGGCAAGGCUCGACAACCAGAACAAGGACCACGACCGUCUACACUCAGGAGAGCCCCGUCCGACGAGAAGCCAUUCCAGGGGUCGCGAGCGUAGUAGGAGCAGCAAAAACCGUGCCUCGCCCCCACGCGGAACCUCGCAAUCAUCCCCGAGCAGUCCUCGCACUCAGCGUGAGCGUUCUAGAUCCAGAAGUGCUGACAAAGGUGGAGACAGACAACAUGCUAUUGAGCGGCGAUCUCGCUCCCGUUGCGCCAGCGGUGAGCGGCCAAAGCAAGUCGCUGCGUACUACCAGGACGCGCAUACCACACCGCCGGAGCAAAGGCAAAGUCUUUUGCGCGAUGCGCCUUUGACAAAGGAUCGGCGAAUGCUGGCGGAAGGCACAGAGGACGACUUUGCGUUUUCGACGUCGUUGUAUGGCAGCGCUGCUUGUUACCCACGCCGCCCCCGCCCCGCGGGGAAGCCGUCUGACUUCGGUCGCGAGACCGGUGAUGGCAGCAUUGCAGUCGUGCGCGUUGGAAAGCGCAAAAAGCAGGCGGCGCCUGCAGCUCCACUGGACGACACGGACACAGAAUCUUCCUUAACGCCGCGCUUCUCUCCGCCGGGUCGGCGAAGUUCGCAUUCGCGCAGUUCCCGUCCGGGCCAAGAAGUUUUCCACAGGCCCCGCGAUCGGGAUCAUGAAAAGGAGCGACUUCGAAAUUCUGCACCACCGGGACGCGCAAAUAAAAACCGCGGAAACAAUAACGACGAACGAGAACCUGAGACGAGGACACGACAUUCCGGAGAGCGUACCACGAAGAACCUGCCGUUCGUCGGGGAACUCCGAUUGCCACAGCCAAAACAGGUCGAAGGAUCGCCCCUGGCGUCAGCGCGGACAAAUCUCGUCGGGAGUCCAGAGUACUUCGCGAAGCAAGGACCCGUACUGCGGUUGCACGACGAACCCACAGCCGCGCGAGUGCUUUCGGGCCAACAAGACAUGGUCGGCGACCCCGACAACGCGUGCCUCUCGCCGAAGUUGUCUCCAUCGCGAGCGGAGCCCGUCUCUCCGUCGGUGCUCUUCGACCAUGAGGCGGCGCAUCACCGGCUCUGGAAGGCCGACGACCACAUGUCGCCCAAAGACCCGCGGUAUCCUCUCGCUGAAGUCCCGUGGUCUCGGUCGCGACCUGCAGCGUCUUCGCGGGCGGGCCACCGCGGAUCAAAACAUCGAGAUUUUCAGCAGCACAGUGUUAUCAACUACCUUCGGCACAAAUCUCCGUCGUCCCUGUCGACCCGCGCCAGCACGGGAAUGAAAACGAGUAAACCCACUACUUUGUCCCGUCCCCAGUCCGCCCGCACCCAGAGAUGGCAGGGGCGACGCGAGGAUCAACUUUCGGCCUCUUGGCGCGCCACCGGAGUGGUCGCUCCGCCACGCGGCGAUGAGAACUGGGCACCGCAAGAACGGGGACUGCACAACUACGCGACCGCUCCGACUCAGCCGCCCGCUCGCAUUAUAACGGUGAAGAAACAACCUCCCAUAGUACCUUGUUCCAGCACCACGGAGGAGGUGGAACCAGCUGCACCAUUGACAGCUGAAGAACAACGGCGGGAGCACAUCUUUGGCCCCGCCACCACGCGCCGGCACUGGUACAUUGACAAACACCAAAACCCCGCGACCAAAGUGGAAACGCUGGUGGCGCCCCCGGCGGCAAGAAGUACGGCUCCCGCGGGCGGCCUGCAGCGCCUGGGAACGAAUGCGGGGCCCAGGACCGUGAAAAUCCGCAGGUUCGACGUCAUCAACCAGAUAUGGGUCUGACCAUGGCUGCUAGUGCUGACGUUCCCCGGCCGCAAAGUCCUAUCAGCCGCAAGCACCUCGAAUGUCAAGGGAACGAGCUGCGAACACUAGAUAAACAAUGUAAAUGUAGAAGUUCAACAACCUGAUGGUCUUCCUUUUUUUUGUGACGUGUACCCAGCUCGCCCCCAAAAGAAACGAUAAUGAACUCGAGAGCAGAUGCAAAAUGCAAGUGUACUCAGGUUUAAGUUGAUUGCAGAUUCCAGC